AUGUCCGAGUCUGUUUCGACUGUACACUCACUCUCAGUCAGAGUACGCUCGAGUUGCGCCUUGAGUCGUGGCGAUUUUUUAUUCCCGACGCCGAAAAUGUUGGUGGUGUCUGCUGGACGAAGAUCAUUUUCGUUGUGGCCAUGUGUAGUACUCAGCGUGUCGGAGGGAUCACCGGCGGGGGGAGAUUCCUCCGAUGCCAGUGGUCCGACAAGCCAAGUUGCUUUAGACUGCUGGACCGGGGGGGAUCCGCCGGACGGUUGGGAUUGGUCAAGAGUGUCAGGAAAUGACUACGAGUCGUAUUGGAUAAACCGCUUUGAGGUACCAUUGGACAAGGAGGGGUUUGAUUUCUUGAGGCUCCGCGUUUCGUCUAAAGCGUUGUGUCGUCGCAAAGAGUGGGUUUUGAGGGGACCAUUACUUGCUGCAACCGUGAAUAAGCCUGGGUAUGAUGCAGAGUCGUGGAGUCUGGUGGAAGCAGGUUCAAUACGUCCAAGUUACAUUCCAGUACUACCAAGAAGACGGGCGGCUAAUAUUCCGGUUCAGGCUACGGGGAUGCAAACAGAUUUCGGAGCAUACCGGGCGUUGCAUGGGACGCUGUCCCGCCAGGCGUGGGGACGCCUGAGGACGAUAGAGCCUAAAGUCUUCGAGAAGUGUGCGCUGGCGUAUGUGGAACUUGGGGCUAUCAUUUCCAGGUAUUUCGAAUCGCCCUAUGGCCUUGUAGAUUUUCGUGUUAAAGCCUGGGUACGGGCUACCAUGCAGUGCCGAAGACCAAGACCCCGACGGGUGCGUCAUUGGAUACUGGGCUGCCUUCUACAGCACAGCGGCGCUUCCCUCCAACAGCUGGGGGAGUUCUGCGUCAAAAACUUGGCCUACAACCCUUCAGCGCCGCUAUCCAGUCGCCGCGUACUCUUAUGUCUCAGGUCCCAACCGAAAAUGUCCUCUCGCCAAAGAAGUCCGGAGUUGCGACUACGUUUGUUAGAACAGAUCCUACACGGACUACCGGAGGUGUCGGUAAGGAAAUUCGGAACCUUAACACAAAGAGCACUGAACGAGGCCUUGCAGCCGGGGUUUAGAAAGAACACGCCAUGUUCGGGAAAAAAAUUCUUGGCCCGAAGAACAGGAUCGUUGUCGCCUGUGCCAGAAAUUCUGACAACGAGUGGGACUCUGACAUCCCAUCAGCCUUUGACGGAAGUUCGUAUGGCCGCCACUGAGAGCAUGACUGAGGGCUUUGCUUGGGAUGGCGUGUCUGAUGUGGGCCACAUCUGGAGCCACACACAGCACAACACGGACGAACAGCGGGCGAGAAAAAGGAAAAUUUCACAUGACGAAGGAAACUGGAGUUGGGCCGAGGGUGGUGGUCCUUCAACAGCACUUGUCAAUGAAGGACAUGUAGUGAACGAGAGCGUCAUGAAUGCAGACGCCGAGACAUUCUGGAAGGAGUAUGGUGCGACAUUCCAAUGGGGUUGA